GUGUUUGUUACCCAGUUCCGAGCGACUCCGCAAAGGUUAGCAGCGUGCUAGUAGUGUUUGCGGGCUGCGUACGAGUGGUUCUCUCGGUCAGGUGGGACUCGACAGUUGUGCCGUUUUUGCGGUUUCUCAGGUCACUCGUGCGGUAAGCAUUGUUGCGGAUACAAGGACCUACCGGAAUAAAAAAUAUAUAGGCUCGUUUCGUGAGUAUAUGUGCCAGUGACAAUACAGUGUGGUUUAGAGGGCAGAGAAACGACGGAGAACAACGCACCAACGGCGGAUAUCUCGUGUGAAGUAAAAUUUAUUCCAGUUUCGUGCAAGAUUUGAGCAGCGACGCAACGGGGAAAAUCCCAACAUUUAUAAAAGCCGGCCUGAGUGUAUGCUUAUGUGUGAUUGUGUCCGGUAAGAGUGCGUGUCGACGUAGUGUGCCAAUGCUGUAACCGUGGCCGUUACACGUGUGUCUGUGAGUUUGUUGUGUGGAAAGCGAAGCCCUAGACCCGAUCUAAGCGGUUCCGGAGACAAUAGUGUUGAUUCUGGGAAACGCGGCACGUCAACCAGCGCACUCCCAGCCCUUCAAACGCCAAGCAGGCGGUAUGUGACCAGUGGUGAGGUGGGCACAGGUGUAUCAAGAUUAAAGUGCAUGCGCUCUGAGGCAUCGAAGUGGGAAGUCUGGCAAUACGGGCACAGAGACACAGCGUGCAAACGAUUAGUACCAGGUCUAGCAAUACCCGAAGAGGGUUACCCGUGGCAAGAUGCGUAAAGUUUGGCUCCUCGCCAGCGUCGUGCUGGCGUUUCUCGACUUUGUCAAAUCACAAGAAGUUGCUCGGACACUCUACAGUACAAGAUACGACAACCUGGACAUUGACACCAUUUUGGCCAGCAAUCGGCUGGUUACGAACUACGUCGACUGUUUGCUCAGCCGCAAACCGUGCCCACCGGAAGGCAAGGAUCUGAAACGUAUUCUGCCCGAGGCACUACGCACCAAGUGUGCCCGCUGUUCGCCGAUCCAGAAGGAGAACGCACUGAAAAUCAUCACCCGCCUGUACUACGACUACCCGGACCAGUACCGUGCACUGCGGGAGCGCUGGGAUCCUUCCGGAGAGUAUCAUCGCCGGUUCGAGGAGUAUCUGCGCGGGCUGCAGUUCAAUCAGAUUGGCGGCAGCAACGGUGGUUCGGGCGUUGGUAAUACGGUAGUGAGUGGUGGUAACGAUAGGCCGGUAAGAAAUGACCUCGAUCGACAGCCCGCAACACAGAGCAGCAAUGUGCAGGCGAUAGUGAUUGAUCCGACGCUGGCCGGCCAGCCGAUUGGCAAUGUGAAUACGCUACCUCCCUCUCCACCAACACCACCGGCGGCGGCGGCUGUUGCGCCAGCUGUGACCGAACGACCUAGGCCUCCGGCACCGAUUCCGCAAGAGCUUCCACGGCCGGAGCUCGCCAUCGCUACCACGGUCGGUCAAUCGCUGCAGCCAGGCGCAACCACACCAUUCACGGGCACGGUUCGGCCGGACGAAGUUUCAGCAGUACCAUUAUGGCUGGGAGCACAAUUGGCACAGCAACAAAUUCUUCCAGCUCGUCCGGCCGACGAGUCGUUCGCUGCAGGAGGAGCAGGGAUUCAAAAUUUGGGCACCGCUGGCACCGGGUACCAGCUACCAUUGGCUUCGAUGUACGGUGGCACCGUUCCGACAACUACGGCUGGACGAGUUGAACCACGGCCCACGUCCGCGGACAAUAAUGGGCUUGAUGAACUACCGACGGCCCCACCACCGGUCGUGGUGAAUCGGUUCGGUGACGACGAAGCCAAUGGACGCCCAUCUGUUGCGCCUGCUGUUCCCGUAGUGCCGACUACUACUACGACCACGGCAAGGCCCACUACGACGGUACGGCAGACACGUCCCGCCACACGUCAAACGACGACUAGAAAUACUCAGCGCACAACAACGCGAUUUAUAACACGAUUGCCACCAACACCGCCACCAACACCUCCACGCACUACUACUACAACGACGACGAGGACACCGACUAUAUUACCUCAACGACCACCACCACCACCACCACUGUUUGCACCACAACCUGCACCAGCACAACAACAACCAAUACUGCCACAAGCAACACCUCCACAACAACAGUACCCAUCAGUAGUAUACCAGCGUCCACAGGCUCCUCCGAGGGCCAGUCCACCACCUCCACCACCAGUACCACAAGCACCACUACCUACCUCAGCACCUGCUAGACCUUUCUACGUACAAACGGAACCUCCUCGAACACCACCACCACCACCACAACAACAGUACCCAACAGUAGUAUACCAGCGUCCACAGACUCCUCCGAGGGCCAGUCCACCACCACCACCACUACCUACCUCAGCACCCGCUAGACCUUACUACGUACAAACGGAACCUCCACGAACACCACCACCACCACCACUACCACCAGUACAACAACAGUACCCAACAGUAGUCUACCAACGUCCACAGGCUGCACCACCACAACAAGCACCAGCAAGACCUUUCUACGUACAGCCGGAACCACCCGCGACUCAGUACGGCCAAACCACUCCGGACAGCAUUAUUGAUCAUUUCUUUGUUCCGCCAUCGUCACAGGCCGCCAACCAGCCACUCCCCCCGAGCCCGAUCGUAGGCCUGUGGAACCAGCUCGGCACGAAGAUUGCCGACACGGCGGAUGCCAUUGCCGGGAUGCUGAAGAAAACGGUCGACGUGCUGGUGACGAGCCACAUCCAAUCACACCAGCGGGCACUGCGAAGAAUUCAAUAACCUUUACCCCAUGACACGCCGCGUGACAGGCAUCGAGCAGAAGAGGAUCAGAAGGAGAAGAUCAGACAGAGAAAGUAGGAGCCGUUUUGUUGAAAUUAUGUGAGAAUGCUUGCCGUUUUAGGCAUUAGUUUUCCAUCGCUAGAAUAUUAUAUCGCAGUAUGUAUAUGUUUGAGCUUGUGUGUGCGUGUGUGUGAUUGGAAGUGACAGCAUAUCCUUGCCACCCCCGCCUCCCCCUCCCCAUGACCGAGACAUCCCGUGGCUCACAAAAAUCCAAUUACUGUGGGGAUCGGAUCAGCUCCGACAAGUGCCCACUGAUGCAGACUCCUCAAUAUAGAUUUUUCCCCGUCCCCUCCGACUUUCUUUGACGCAUUUGUGGCUGAGCGCGGUAUGAGCGAAAACGAAUGCAAUUUUAUUUUACCUGUGAUUGAGCGUGAUAGAGUGAUAACAACGAAGGUGUGUGAAUUGUAUCUGUAUCUGAGUUUCAAGGCCCAAGGCUGUUUCAUUGGUUAUCCCUUUUUAAUGCUUGUUAUCUUCAUAGUGCUCUUUUUCUUAUCGCUUUCAAUUACAAUCCUUCCUUUGCUGCUUCUAUGUCGACAUUUAGUACCGAUUCUGGAUUUGAGCGGACCAUACAUACUGAUCAUACAACAGGGUGAAUUCUAAAGGUUCAUGGAUUUGAAAUGUAUCUUAUAUUAUUACUGAAUAAAUGUAUUUUCUAUCAUA